AUGGACAAAUCACCUAUAAAUCUCACAAGUGUCCCCUAGUCCGGAGGUCUUGAUGUUCCUAAAUUACCAGAUACUAGAACAGGCAUUAAACUUAAAUAGAAGCUACUAUAAGAUGAAUCUGUCAUCAAUGUUAAAAACAUUAGGAAACUCGGUUAGCUUAAUAUGGAAGAAAAAUCUUUAGUUUUAGCCUCAUAUGAAUUGUUCAAUUCAAUAGACAUUUAGGCAGGAAUAAGCUAGACUAGAGCUCUAUACUCUAUUUUUAACAUAAUCGAUAACAUUCUAAAUUAUCCAUACUCAGAUGAGCAAAGAAUUUUAAACAUUAUGAAUUUCAGCUCAAGUAUUUUGAAGCAAUAAAAUACAGUAAAGUUCCUUUAAACACUUGGCUUUGAACCAUCUAUUUCACCAGAGAUAUUAGUCCUUCCUUAUGAUAAGCCAAUUAAAAGGUUGAUGGUUGCUAGAGAAGCUCUUGUUUCUAAAUUAUCUAGUAAAAUCGAAACAGUUUAGCUAGCUGAUGUUGAAGGGAAGCUUGGCUUCCCUACAUUUCAAAGAUUUUCAGAACUGUUUGGUGUAGAUUUAUCUGAGAAGACUGCGAAAAGUGAAAGAGAAUCAAUAAUGCUAACUCAAUAGGAAGUUAUGACUCUUAUACAAGAAACUGAAUGUAGAUCCAUUGAAGAAUACAUUGUUGAAUUAGGAGAAAAUGCCAAUGAAUUCUAGUUGGUGUUUAUGGACUCACUUGGAAAGAGUAAUAAAGCUAAGGAUAUUUUAAUGGUGCUAAGAGAGCUUUGGCUUGAAGUUAAUGUUCUUCAUAAAACUGCUGUUUUUCUUAGGUAAUGCUUUGCUGAUCCAGUUUCAAGAGCCCCAUUGACAGAUGCUAAAGAUAAGAACUCAAAGUUCGCUAGAAAUAUUUUAAUGAUUGAUAUAAUGGACGCUCAAGGGAUAAGAAAAGGAACUAAAGGUAGAGCUAAUACAAUAGAGUAACUAGUACUUCUAUAUUGCGAAAGAGAGACUUAUAAGAUUUAGAAUUUUCCUGAUUAAGUUCAGAAAAUUGACAAUCAAAUUAGAAAAGGUAUAGGAGGUGAAAGUAGUAUUUCUACAGAUAAACUUUGGGAUGUCGUAAAAACCAUAAUAAUUGAGCGAUUAACAAGAAAGCCUAAAUUAAAAAGACCGUCUGUGGCAUAGCCAAAAUUAUUAGAAUGGGUUGAAUGCAUGGACCCUGAAAUAGAACUUGCAGAUCUGCAUGAUUACAGCAAAGAAAGGAUUGAAGAUCUUGAUGAACUCGUAUCCUUGAUCACUAAAAGAAAUCUAGAAAGAUAGAGGAUGUUUGGAGAUUUUUCAAGUAAGGUACCGAAUUCUGAGCUCGAUCCAUACAAUACUGGUAAUAUGGGGAAAUUAGAGUUUCCGACUAAUUCAAGUAAAGAAAGAUAAAAUGGUGGGUCCCUUGAUGACAGACAUCUUGAUGAAAGAAUCUAUGAAGCUAUUUGGUCACCUACAACAUGGCUUCAUCAAAAGUAACUAAUUGAUGACUUCGUAAUAUUUACUGUGAUGAGUGAGAUAUGCAAUGAAUCAGAAACUGAAUUUAUCUUUAACAUUAGACAGUGUUUCAGGAAUUUUAUGAUGGAAAAUAUGCCUAAUUUAGAGGUAACAAGGGAUGGAUAAGCUUCAGAGUUCUCAUCAUAAAAGAAAAAAGAUCAAACUAAAAAAUCAAAUUUAGACUAAUAUUUAGAUUAGGCUUGGAAACAUCUUUACAGAAACUCAUCACCUAAUGUCUUACAUGCCACUAUCUUUAAUAGCCACUUUGAUUACAUGAAAUAAUAUGUUGAAAGAGGAGUUGAUAUAAAUGCUAAAGAUUUCAAUGAAUGGACUCCGCUGCAUUGUGCUGCUUAUAUGGGAAAUGUCUUAUAUCUGAAGCACAUGCUAUCAAGGCCUUAUAUAUUUUUGCAUGAGAAAAAUGAUGAGGGUAAAACACCUAUCUAAGUUGCAAUAGAGGCAUCAAAUGUUUUCGGCGAAGAAAAUGCAGUAACUUGUUUAUUAGAAAGAGGUACUGAACUAGAAGAGGAUAUUUGGCAUAGACUUUUAAUCUUAGCUUAUAACUAUGACAUAGUAUCUUAUCCUAAGUUGGCUUUUAGAGCAGGGAUUAAUUUGAAUAAUUGUGGUGAUGAAACUAAAGUAUCUUUACAUAAGGCAGUUUGCUGUUUGUCUGUAAAGAUUAUUAAAUUUUAUGGAGAAGCAUUAUCCUAACAAGAACUUACUAAUAUGAUAAAAUAAUCAGACUUCUAGGGAUUAAACGUUCAAGACUAUGCUAAAUUAACUGAAAAUCAGGAGAUUAUUACAUUAAUUGAGAAGAUGUCAAAUGGAGAAGGUAUAUAAUCUCAUUUAGUAACACGAGAUAAUAUUGAAGCUCUCAAAUCAAAAUCGAUUAAUAAUGAGAGUAGAUUGCAGUUUUCUGAUAGAAAUUCAGAGAUUAAUGAGAAUAUUACCCACUAGAUUGAUAAAUUUGAUGGAAGUGGAGAUAAAUACAGAAAUGAUGAGUGGCGUAGAAGAGAUUUUGAUGAUGACUACAUCAAGAAUGUUUAAGAAUAGCAUUUAAAAGAAUUAAAAGAUGCCUAAUCUAGGUUGCUAGAGAAAGACACUCAGGUUGAGUCGUUAUAACAAGACUUGCGCUAGUAGAGUGAAAAGAUGAUGAAACUUUAAGAGGAGAUCAAUAACUUGUUUAAUGAGUAAAAAACUCAUCGACAUGAUGAAGCUAGAUACCUCAAGAAGGAACUUAGAGACAUGAAUAAAAAUUUCAACAAUCAGAUUAAUGCUCUUCAAUCUAACAUUGAGUAAGUGACUAUAUUUAUUUAAGCAUAAAAUAGAAAAACCACAAACAAUCUUUAAGAGAUGCAGGGCUAGUAAUAGAAAGCUUAUGAAGACUUUAACAAGCUUUAAAAGACUCAGAAAGAUCUAAUGAAGAAACUUUUAAAAGAUAGAAAUAAUUAACUAGGAAAUGAUCAAAGUAGUAAUAUGGGCAAGCUAGAUAAGAUGAGCACGGCUAGAAUGGGUUCUUUACAAGGAAAUUAGAGUGUUAAUGGCAAUAAUAAUGGGCAGGUAAAUCAAGUUUCCCCAGAGAAUACCCAGAAAAGUUCAAAUUGCAAGAUAUUUUGA